AUGGAUGAAGACAGUCUCCGCGACUUUCUUCCAACUUCCUUCGGGGGCGGAGUUGGAGGCUUCGAUGCUCAGGCCCAAUUGGAACAGGCGCGACGUAAAGUACCAGAGGCACAAAAGGCCAAAGCACGCUCAGCAGCAGGGAGCGAUUCGGAUUCAGAGGACUCUGACGAUUCAGAAGACGAUGAUGAAUACCCGAUCUCCCAUGAAAUAGUGUUCAAAACGCAUGAUCGCCCAGUAACCACUAUCACGGUAGAUCCUUCAGGGUCGCGUAUGAUUACAGGUUCGACAGAUUGCAAGAUCAAACUGCACGAUUUCGCGUCCAUGACGCCGAAUACACUACGAGCAUUCAAGUCCCUCGAUCCCACUGCCACAAAGACCUCAGCGAAUUCAGAAUCACACCCUGUCCAUGCUGUGAAGUUCAACCCAACCUCUCCCGGUCAGGUCCUGGUUGUUUCCGCCACCACCCAGGCAAAGAUCUUGUCGAGGGAUGGCGAAACAAUCACCGAAUUCGUCAAGGGCGACAUGUACCUGCGCGACAUGAACAUGACCAAAGGCCACAUAAGCGAGAUCACCGGCGGCACAUGGCACCCUUUUCUGCCACACCUCUGCGUGACGGCUGGCACCGACAGCACCAUCCGGAUCUGGGACGUCAACGUACGCACGAAGCAGAAAGACGUGAUUGUGCACAAAUCGAAGCUGGCCGGGGCGGCGGGUCGAAGUCGAAUGACGGCCGUGGCAUGGGGCAGUCAAGUCGGCAGCGACAACAGCCUCCUCGUGGGCACCGCACUGGACGGCUCUCUGUCCAUGUGGGGCGGAGAGGGCCCAUAUCACAGACCGAGCGCCGAGAUUAGCAACGCGCACACGAGCAACACAUGGACCAGCGGAAUCGACAUCAGCGCGGACGGCAGACUCGUCGUCACUCGGGGUGGCGACGACACGAUCAAGCUGUGGGAUACGCGCAAAUUCAAACAGCCAGUCAACACUACCUCUCACGCCUCGACGUCCAGCCAAUACCCGACGUCGGGCAUCAUGUUCGCUCCCAAUUCGUCUUCGAUCAUCACCGGUUCCGAGACUGGGGAUCUCUACAUCCUGAACCCAGCCACUCUUAAACCUGAAGUCGUCACGGCCGUCACGCCUGGGUCGCCGCUGAUCAGUGUCCUGUGGCACGACAAGCUCAACCAGAUCGUCACUGGGAGCGCCAACGCCGAGACACACGUGCUCUUCAACCCGAAGAUUUCCACAAAGGGAGCCGUCAUGGUCAUGUCCAAGGCGCCGAAGCGGAGGCACGUCGACGACGACCCCAGUCUCACCACGGACCUGUCGCAGGGUAUCUCUGGUGAUGCCAUUGUCAAUCCCGGAACAAGCAGUGAGGGGAUCCAAGGCAGUACGUUUUCGUCGCGACACCCGACCAUCGGACUCACUGCGUCUGGCAAGUCCAGAGAUCCCCGGCGUCCUCACAUGCCGGUGUCGACGCCGUUUGCGAGAAGUCAACCCGACGAAAAGCACAUCAAGGAGAGAAUCCCGCUCAGUUCCAUGAGAGAAGAGGAUCCUCGAGAAGCUCUGCUCAAGUAUGCCGACAAAGCUCAGAACGAUCCCAUGUUUACCAAGGCGUGGGGCAAGACACAACCAAAGACCAUCUACGCGGAUCUUAGCGACGAUGAAGAUGGCGAAGACGGACCACAAAAGAAGAAACAAAGGACAUGA